GGGACAGCGAAGGCACAACGAAGCUAUUGAGGGUGAGGCGUCUUGAUUUCCUUGUUCUGUGACGCCAGGGAGCAAGAUGAGCCUCUCUCUACAACAAGUGUUUCUCGCCCUCGUAUGCUGGUGUUUGUGGAAGAGAAGCUUCACUGAGGGACGAGACUUGCCUUUCCUGGCCGAGGAGUACCUAGGUCGCCUGGACGCCUGCAGUUGUGUUCCCGUCACCCAUUCCUGCACUGACGAGUUUGUGGCUAUCCCUCUCCUCACAGCACACUCCCAGCCCGUGAAAGUGUGCGCGCAAGGAACGCGGUUGUGUUGCCAGGAGACAGCAGCCCUGAAGACGAGCACCUUUAAUAUUGUCGAAAACCUCAACUACCUACUGGUGAAGGUACCGCCUGGUUUUCACAGAGGCCUCCUCCGUCACCUGCCGGGCUACCUAUCAGGAUUAUCAAGACGUUUGGCUCCCACGCAGAAAGAAGUGGACGCUGGUGACGGCGAUGGCGAUGAUCGCAACAUAGCGCGACAGGAAGUGGGAGAUGAGCCUGAAGGAGAUGCUGGCGGAUCGUUGCUGGAGAGGACUGAAGAUGCCGUUACCACUGACGACAGUACGUCGUCAUUCAUACAUGGAGAUGAUACCGUUACAGAAUGGAACGAGACAGAAUGGACUAAAGGAGAUGAACUGUACACCAGAGGCAUGGAGAAUUCGACCUUGAAUCCUAUCAUCAACCAUACCGACGCAUAUCCAUUCACAGCUACACCUGAAUCAAAUACGCAUGGUGAUAUGAAUGUUUUAACUCGGACCUUCUCACUCCGCGAACCACCAUCUGUCUCUACUGAAUGUUUUACUGGUACCUGUCAUGAAGACUUUCCUCCAAGCAACGUGGAUGUAGAUGCUGCGAUGAAUAUGUCUGUGGGUGUCAAGGCCACCAAAAUGUCAAAGCAAACCGAGUCGAUGUUUCACAUAGAUAACGUAACUUUGGAUAAUGUCACACAAAAUCAUACUAAUACAUCCUCUCUCACCCAAGGCCAAGCUACCACACCUUUUCACAAGCCAAAGCAGGUGACAACUUUAAGACAAAAUGAAUUGAUGUUUACUUCUGAGAGCAUGACUAUGCAACACUCUGACACACUAGACCAAAAUACUACUACUUCCUCUCCAACACAAGACCAAAGCACGGAACCUUACAAGCAAGAGCAUGUAACAACUCCAAUACUCGUACAUAAUGAAUCCGUGUUUCCCUCGGAGAAUGUAACCAUAGAACAUCAUGCCACACAAGACCAAACUACUACGUUUACACUAGAGCAAAAUGUAUCGUCUAGCACGCAAGAACCGAACAUGCGAUCCAAUGCUUUUAUCUUGAUCGCGAGGGUGAAUGAACCUGUACUCUACUCUGAGAAUGAGACGACCAUGGAAAUAGACAGCGCAACCUCCACUAGCCCCUCACAAGCUCCCUUUCCUAAUACCACGCCCAGGCCUGACUCCACCGCCACUGAUGCCAGCACUACUAUACACAUGCCUCCAAGCACCACCACCACUACCGCUCCCACUACCACUACCACUGUCAAUGCCAGUCCUGGAUUUUGGGAGUGGCUGUUUGGUUGAGUGUUUCAAGAGUUCCAAGCAACUGUGACUCUUGAAUUUUAUUAGAUUUUUAUUAAUUUGAUUUGCCUUUGUAAAUAUUUUAUAUAUUUUCUAUUUUAUUGGAAGGGUACUCAGUGUAUACUAGCUUUUAAAAUUCUUCUUAUGAUAGGAAACUACUGCUAUCACCAAAUAAAAAAAAAAAUCAUAAGUAAUCAUUGAAAAUAUUAGUUUUGAUCCUAAAUUAAUAAAAAUGUGCGCAAUUUUGCAAGACUUUUGAAGAUGCAUAACAAUUUCGCCUAUUAUAAAUUGUAACUCACAAAGACUUUAAGAUAAUGUCGUUUCUUGCUUGAUGGAAGACAUCGUAGAUAAGACCACACCUUUGUAUUGUUUACUUUCUCCCAGCAGCGCCUAAUUAGUAAACAAAGGUAACCUAUACAUACCAAUAACAUGAACGACCAAGGGGAGUUGUGUAGAAAUGAAUGUGUAUUAUCAAAAGAGAGCCCAUGUUGCCCCUUAUCGCUUCGUAGGUCGUCCUGAUACUGUCCUUCCUUGUCCUCCUCUUUGCUCCCUGAAUAACAAGUUUGAUGCUGGCAAUAUUAUGACAAAUUUUAUAUAGGCUAAUAAUGAGGAAUCCGAACUCUGGGAGUUUGGGAGGAGGGCUGUGAUACAAUAAGUGAAUCAGAAUUGGGUAUUAAUUUACAGUUGCACCAACAGCGAAA